GCGCGGCGCUACCGCGUCCCUGCGCGCUGCGAUGGCGGCGCCGGGCUGUGAGGAGGUGCGGGCGGCUGGCGUGGGGCUGGGAGCCGGCCUGCCGCAGCCCGGCCUCCCGCAUCACCCCGGCGUGGCGCGGCGGCGGGGCCGCACGCUGCUGGUGCGGCAUCUGCCCGCCGAGCUGACGGCGGCGGAGAAGGAGGAUCUGCUGAAGCACUUUGGGGCAGUGUCUGUGCGCGUCCUGUCGGACCACGGGCGGCUGAAACAUACUGCGUUUGCCACCUUUCCCAGUGAAAAUGCAGCUGUAAAGGCUUUGUCAAGAUUGCAUCAGCUGAAGCUUUUAGGUCACACUUUAGUGGUUGAGUUUGCGAAGGAGCAAGAUAGUGUGCAGGUACUUAGCCAGCCUUCUGUCUCAGAGAAUUGUAAAAGUUCAGAAGAACCAGUGAAAGAAGAAGAAAAGAAAGAACCAAACUGUGUUAAAAUAGAAAAUGGAAUUGCACCCAACCAUGGCCUCACUUUUCCCAUCAAUUCUUGCCUCAAAUAUUUGUAUCCACCACCUUCAAGUACAAUUCUAGCAAAUAUAGCAAACGCCUUGGCAAGUGUGCCCAAAUUUUAUGUCCAGGUACUUCAUCUUAUGAAUAAAAUGAAUCUUCCUCCACCUUUUGGACCAAUUACUGCUCGCCCUCCCAUGUAUGAAGAAUAUUUACCAGUGCCUGUGCCACCUCCCCCAAUCCCACCUCUGCCUCCUGAAGAGCCUCCUUUGCCUGAAGAGGAAGAAGAGCAUCUGAUUAGUGAAGAUGAAUCAGAAUAUGAAAGCGAUAAUGAGGAGGAAAAGGAGAGAAUGACCAAGUUGAUGGAAUUAGCAACCCUUCAGCCUAAAAGACCAAUAAACACAAAGAGGCGUGGUGUUAGAAAAAAACAAAGAAUUAAAGACUUAUUGAAUGUUCCCGUGUGUACUCCCCACAGUAAUUUGCACCCUACGCUGUCACCUUCAGAUGUCUUUGAGCAGCCACAGCAUAUAGGUCAUAAAAAAAUCGAGUUCCAUAUUAGUACUGACAUCCCAGCCGUUCUUCAGAUAAACUCAGAAAAAGAAGAAAAAAAUGACCUUUAUGCAGCCACAGAAGAAAUCAAUAAUACAGGCUUUGGAAGGAUUUUCCCAGCUCCUAGCUCAAAUGAUAAAAUGGAAACUGAAGAGGAGGAGGAUGAAAUACCAUCAGAAUUUAUUUCUAGAAGGGAUCUAGAAAAAAACAGACUUUCUAGAGAAGAAAUGGAAAAAUUUUCUGUUUUCAAAAACUAUGAGCCAGGUGAUCCAAAUUGCAGGAUAUAUGUGAAGAACUUAGCUAAACAAGUUCAAGAAAAGGAUCUCAAGUUCAUUUUUGGAAGAUAUGUUGACUUCCAGUCAGAAGUAGAACGAAAUAUGUUUGAUAUACGCUUGAUGAAAGAAGGCCGUAUGAAGGGACAGGCUUUCAUUGGACUUCCUAAUGAAAAAGCAGCUGCUAAAGCUUUAAAAGAAGCAAAUGGAUAUGUCUUAUUUGAAAAACCCAUGGUGGUUCAAUUUGCUCGUUCAGCUAGACCAAAACAGGAUGCCAAUGAAGGGAAAAGAAAAAAGUAGAACACUGCACAAGGUAUGGAUUCUCUGCCUGAAAGUGAAAAUAAACAAAUAGGCUGGGGGUUUUGUUCAUUUGUUUUGUUGGCUUUUUUUGUUCGUUUUUAUUUAUUAUCUUUUUAAUGGCCGCUUUAGAAACAGCGGCAGUGGAGGGGGGACAUCCCAUACAAUUUUAUUUUCUUAAAUGUGCACUUAUAUCAGAAAACCAGAAUGCAAGUUAUAUAGUUGGUGUAAGUUUAAAAUGUUGCUUCUUACUCUGUUAUAAACUUGGAGACUGCCAUUCCCCUAAUCCUCAUAUCCUAGGGUAGUUGUCAGUUUCUCUGAUCCUUAAUCUGGGGAGCUGGGGAGAAUAACUCUGUGGAAUCUGAUCACUUACCUUUUAGUAGAGUUGCCUCUCUUCUCUUUCCCAUCUGUUCCUGCCAUCAUAAAGUGAUUCUGAAGAACUGUUUCCAGCAAUAAACUCACUUCUGCUAGCUCUGUAAAGGACCUUUGGCUUUCCUAACUUUAGAAAAUUGACGCUUAGUACUGUGGCAGCAUCCUUUAAACUUGCCUGAUUUAAGAAAGGAUAUUGUGUCAGAAAGUGCUACUUAAUGUUGCAUUGAUCAAGGCUUCCUUUGCAGAGUCCAUAGGUCCUGAUUUUCAGCAUUAUUGUCUACACUUGAUGGGAUAGUAACUUUUAACUUUAUUUCCUAUCAUACACCUUUACUUCACUACUGCUUACUCUAAGUAUUUGCUUUAUAUGAGAGUAACUCAAGCAAAAUCAGCUCUAAUUUAACCGUGAGGGUUUUCAUGGCCUAAAAACACUUGAGUAGUGAACUGUCUCAAAUUAGCACAUGAAGGUAACGGUGCAAGAAUUGGAAGCACUUAUUUCUCAAUCUGCAUCCUCUGAUAGAUCAUCUAGAUCAAAUUUAAACGGUUGUUUAGCUUAAUUACAGAUUAUAGUUGGGCAUUCACUCUGGUUAUGCCUUCACCCAAGACCAAGUGAACUCAAAGAUUAGGCUGAAUGCUCCUGAAAUGUUCUGCUUACUCCAUGAUGUGUUUUUAAUCUGUAUGGUUUUGAUCAUUGUUACUUUGGAAAAAAACCUGAAGUUUGAAAUAAAGGAUGUGCACUGCUGUUUUUGAUUUUGUAAAAGUACGGUUAUUGUGAGGGUAGUAUUUCUAUUUAUAAUGGUUACUUUAAUUGUAGGUUUCUUGUUCUGACAGUUGUCUAAGGAUUUUUUCAUCAGAUUAUAUUUGAGCUUGUUUCCCUCACUUUCAAGAUGCUCUUUGGUUUUACCAGUUCCUGAUUUGAGUUAUUGAUUUGUGGCUUGCAAAAGCUCUAUUUUGUUUUAUCAAAUUAAAGAUCACUUUUUUUACAGGUAUUCUUCUGUAUUGCUCAUUGAAAAGAGGCAAAUGAGCCUUGGCUAAAGUAUUCUAUUAGGACCAAGGGUUUAUGGGAAUGUUUCAGUCUUGUUUCUUACUCUUCCUUGUUAGAAAAAAAACCCCUUGUAUUUAUAUUAUUUUAUCCAGUGUCUAAUAAGAAAAUUACUAUGGUUUCUUUGAAUACAGAAAAGAAACUAAUUAUUUUAGCUGUUGGAAAGCCGUAUAAAUGAAGUCUGAACACUUUUAUUCUUUUAGGAAUUCCAUAUCUUUCCAACUACUUUUGUACAUUAAAUCUAAUUCUGACUUCACUAAACACACUAAAUAAUACUUGAAUUACAUAAAGAAAAUAACUGUGUUAUUUGGUUAUUAAUCAUGUUGAUGGUCAACUCAGAGGCUUUUUUUCAGAGUGAGUGAACACGUACUUAUGCAAGACUUAUUUGUGCACUUGAAAGUCUACAUGAGUUACUUUGGUGUCAUUGGUUUAAUGUUUCGUGGGCAGAACUUCUUCCUUACCUUGACCAUUUGUAUGUAGAGAUCACAGAAUGUACCAUAGACUAAAACAGAUUUGUAGGCAUCCGUGAGGUUUAAUUAAAAACAGUUAUUUCACUUCCCAACUAAUGAUGAAACUGAACGCUAUUUCUGCAUGACUAUGUUUUUCCAUUCCUGCUGAAGUACUCUGGUGAAUGCUGAUUUAUGAUGCAAAAUUCCAUGAUAGAAAUGUGAGUCUGUAAGGAAGAACAGUGUCAGAAUCUCAUUUGAAACAUACAUAUACAUAGAAAACAAGUUUAUGCAAACAUUUGAGGGACUUCAAAUUUGAUCUCUAUUGUGUGUCUCAAUGUUGUUGUUGUUGUUUUAUUUUUUUAACAACUGAAUUGACCUAAGUUAAAUUCUUGAUUAUUUCUAAACAGGAGGAAGCUGUGUAAAAUUCAUGAAUGCUAUUGCAAAUAUUUUUAUUAUUUUUAGUAUUUUGUCUGCAAAGGUUUUAUCCUUUGUAGAGAAAAUAAUACAUAUGGUUUAUAAAAAAUACUGUGUAAAUUCUUGCUGGCUGAAAUGUCUUUUUUGUGAUGGAGUGGCAAAAAUUUCAGUUGGUAUUUGGGGUGGCUAUUUUUCCUGUAGCUAAAAUACAGCUUUUUGGGAGACAGGCUAUGUAAAAGAAACUGAUGUUGAGAGGUCCCCGCUUCUUCAUAGGGAAGAAGUGACUUGAAAGCCUGCAUUGAAUGAAAACGUGAUUGGGUUUUGGACCUGAUGGGAAAAGUGACUCUUUAAAAUAGCAAAGACUUGAAGAAGACUUAAUGACACAGAAAAGUCUGGUGUUGUCCUAGUAGUUCAAGUUAUCAAAAAAUGUAUUUAAUUUUGAAUAUGAAGUUUAGUGUUGGUGGACUCAUCAGCUCUCAUUAAAUCUCAUAAGUGGUCAAAACUGUAUUUCAUCAGAGGCAUAUUUGCUUUUGGUAGGUAGCAUAAAGCUAUGUGUAUGCAAUACUGAGAAUUAAGUAAAAUUAAACCACAUUCUGCUGUUCUUCUUUAGAAACAUUCCUGCGUAAAUACUGCAGUAAUACUGUCAUGCAGAGUGUAUCCUUUCUUGUUGUAUCCUUUUUUUGUGCAAUGUUUCCCAUAGCACUCAACUGCAUCUAAGUUUUUGUAUAGAGUAGGUGUGGGGAGGAGUUUACAUGUUUUAGAGCUUGAAAUAAUCUGGUAAUUUUAAAAGAAAAGGGCACUUUUUCAGGGGGAAAAAAAUAAUCAAUCAGUUGUCUGUGUUGCGUGAAUAUACACAAUGAAAGUUCCUAGUCUUAAAAGGUGGCCUCCACCUUCUUCCUUAGAGGUCACAUAACUUGCUAAUUUGUGGCCCGAUUCCACUGAAUUGUGUUCCACUGAUGUGUGUCGAGCUGUGCUGAGCUAACACUGAGGAUUUCGUCUUUUUUUUUUUUAAAUAAAUAUAAUAAUAAUACUAUGUUAGUUUAAAAUACAUUGCAGAGCAAUUCUUAAUAAUAUUAAAGGGUCGACCAGUAUUUUAGAUCAUUUGUUGAUUACUGUUGUCCUGGUAUAUGAGAAACAACCUGUAGUUGACUUAGCUUGUACGUUCCUUACUUUUUCUUUCUGAGUAGAGAAGAAAAUCUAACAAUAUCUUGCAAUGAAUUAUUUGGAAUUGAACUAUUAAUAACUAUUAAUCACUGCUACCUUUUUGUUCGUUGUUUUUUUGUUGUUUUUUUUGUUUUCUGCACUGAGGUAGUGUUGCCUAACAUUUCUCUUGUGGGUUUCAUAUUCCAUUAUUGUUUAACUUACUGUAAUAUAAAAUUAAUGCAGCCUGUAUCUAUUAAGUCAGAUUUUUUUUCAGAAAUUCAGCACUUUUCUAAAUACUAAGCAUCUUUCAAUUUAGUUGUCAAAAGAAAGCGUAACACUACUAUUUUCUGGUUGUUCAUACUUUUAACGUGCCUUUGUGAUGUUCCAGGUCCCUUUUGUGUUCCAUCUCUUUCAAGUUUUAUCAAGCUGAGGGAAGAAGCAGUGUAAUCAUCAGGACUCUCGAACUGUGCGUAGUAGCAUUUCUAAAGUAUUUAAGGCAGAGUAUAAACUUUCUCAUCUUAAAGAUUCCAGAUCUCUUUAAACUGUCACAAGACUUAUAUGAUAAAUGUAUGUUAGUUUGCUUGUAAAAUCUCUAAUAAAUUAUUUCCUUUCUCUUCA